CGUUUACUAGUACCGAAUAAAUGAGAACCACUGCACUAUAUCAGUUACAAGUUUCUUGGCGCGACUUUAUUUAAAUAUGUGCAUAUGUAUAAAAUUUUAAUUAAUAUAUUGUAAUAUGGAAUUAAAUAAGUCGUCUUCCAAUAAUAAUAAUAAUGAUAUUAAAAGUUCGUCCGAAGAUUCGUCAAGUGCAGAAAGAAUAAAAUUAGAGAAGGAAAUAGAAGAUUUAAAGCUUACUGUCAGACAAUUACGACAAAAAUUAAAAAUUGUGAAGCUUAAUAAUAUAAAAGAAAACUUAAUUUCAAAUAGCACAAAUAAUUUUGUUGGUACAAGCAAUCAGGAUGUGUCAACAAAUGUAAAUUAUGAGUUGUACAGAUAUAGUGGAUUAUAUUGUGUACAUAGUGCUAGAAAUGAAUAUUUAAUUGGAUUUAAUUCAUCAUGGAAAGAACAAAAACAAAAUCUCUUUGCGAUACAACUUCUCAAACGAGGCAAAAAGAUACAGAUAGGUAAAUGGGUUAUGCCUAUGUCAGUUGACAUAAAUCAAUUAUUGUCUGAGAUAUCACUCAAUACAAUAUACAAUAUAAUACCUUUUGUACAAAAUUGUAAGCACCAUUGCAAUUGUUAUAUAUUUAGAUUGCAACAGUAUCAAGAAUUAAAGUCUUCUGUUGACAAUUUGAGUAAUUGUAAUGUGCAACCAAAUUUGGGAUAUACAUCAUUUAUAAUAGAAUUAUUAAAUGUAUAUGAUAAGAUAAAUGAAAGUUAUGCCAAUAUUACAAUUUAUUUAUGUUAUGAUUCUAAACACGUUAGACCAACUGAAAUCAAACUUGAAGUAAUUGGAAGUAUAAAAUAUGAUGAACAAACUGAAAAACAAUUGAGAAAAUCUCUAAAAAGAUUUUAUUCUACUGAUUUACAAACAGCAUUUGAUAAUAUUUUAAUAGACGAUAAUGCACAAUUUACAUGGACAAGAGUGAAAAAGGAAGAUGCUACAUUAGAAAUCAAUGAAUCCAGUAGCUCAGAAUAUGAUUUGUCAAAUUUAGAAACAUCUCAAAAUAAAAUAUAUAAAAGAAAACGGAGAAGAAGAGUAUCACAAAUGAAAAAUAAAAAAAAGAAUAAGAAAGAUAAUAUUAAUAAUAAAUUAAAUCUGCAGGAUACAGAUAGAAAAAUUCAAAAGCAAUCGUCACAAAAAGAAAAAUACGCAGAAGCAAGUACAAGUAAGUCUAUGAAAAUUGCACAUUCUCAUAGAUUGUCAAAAGUGCAAACAAAAACUGUUAAGAGUAGAUCAAAGAAUAAAUCAUCUCUAAAUAACUUUACCAUUGGAUUACGCUCAGAAGGAAAAUCAGAAAGUACUUCCAAAAUGGUACAAAGUAAAAUAAAAAUUAAACCAUUAUCAAUUAAAUUACAAAAGAUAAUGAAUAAUCAUACUAGUACUCCUAUACGAUCAAGUAAACGAAAUCAUACACCAUUUAAAGAAUUACCAAAAUUAGAUAUAAGUGACAUAGUUGGUAUUGAAUAACAAAAAUAAUAAAUGUUAUAAUAGUCAUCAAAUUUACAUACAUAUAUAUAAUGUAUUGAAAAUUUAAAUAUCGUUAUAUUAGUAUAUAUGUGUAUGCACAUAUUGGAUACGU